AGGCCCGGGCCUGGGCGCUUGCCUGGACCCAAGAUGGCGGCGGGGAUGUACCUGGAGCAUUACCUGGACAGCAUUGAGAACCUGCCCUUUGAGCUGCAGAGAAACUUCCAACUCAUGAGAGAUUUGGACCAACGGACUGAAGAUCUGAAGUCGGAGAUUGAUAAAUUGGCCACGGAAUAUAUCAGCAAUGCCCGGACGCUGUCUUCGGAGGAGAAACUGGGGCUGCUCAAGCAAAUCCAAGAAGCCUACGGGAAAUGCAAGGAGUUUGGUGAUGACAAAGUGCAGCUGGCCAUGCAGACAUACGAAAUGGUGGAUAAGCACAUCCGACGGUUGGACACAGACCUUGCCCGGUUUGAAGCUGACCUGAAGGAGAAGCAGAUCGAGUCAAGUGACUAUGACAGCUCCUCAAGCAAAGGCAAAAAGAAAGGCCGGGCCCAGAAGGAGAAGAAGGCUGCUCGGGCUCGCUCUAAGGGGAAGAACUCCGACGAAGAGGCACCAAAGACAGCCCAGAAAAAGCUGAAAUUAGUCCGCACUAGCACAGAGUACGGGAUGCCUUCGGUUACCUUUGGAAACGUGCAUCCUUCUGAUGUGCUAGAUAUGCCUGUGGAUCCCAAUGAGCCCACUUACUGCCUCUGCCACCAAGUCUCCUAUGGGGAGAUGAUCGGCUGUGACAACCCAGAUUGUUCCAUCGAGUGGUUCCAUUUUGCUUGCGUGGGGUUGACAACCAAGCCAAGAGGGAAAUGGUUCUGUCCUCGGUGUUCUCAGGAGAGGAAGAAGAAGUAAACUUUCCCCGUCCCCCGAGGUCAAGAUACUGUUCUCCGGACACCCACCCCUGCCCCGGGCUUCAGCACUCUUCUCCCAGUUUGGGGGGGCCUUGUAGUUAGGGAGGCCUCACCCUGGGUGAGCAGAGCUACCCGCCAGUGGUUUUGUAUCCUCAUGGCAGUUCCCACGGCUACUGAGACAUUCCCCUGCUCCUCUGGGAAGUGGCUCUGGAGGGGCUGCCUGGGAGAGGGAGAGUCUGUCGGAGGGAGGGAGGGAGGGAGCCCUCUUCGUCCCGGCAGCCUCGGGCCGUGUGUCAGUCCUCCUGGAGCCCGGCAUUCACUUGGCGGAAUCUGCCUGCAGGGGGAGGAAAGGACAGCCAGGUCACCCCCAGGACUGGCAAAGUCUUCCCUGCAAGUCCAGCAGACCCUUUCUGUUCCUGAGGUGUGCCCUGUUAGAGGGACAGGCCGGCCAGCCCUUUAUCUGGCAGGUCGUUCGUGACUUUAUGUUCCUUCUCUUCCUCUUUGGGAGGAAAAGAAACUCUUUAGGGCCUGUUGGCAUUGCGUCUCACUUUCUCGAGGAGAGGGGGGGCUUCUCCCCGCUGAGCUCCUCCCUCUCCCACCAUCCCUGCCAAAUGACAUGUUUGUGACCUUGCCGUCCAAGAUUGUGUCGCAGAGGCUGGCCGGAAUCGACUCCUCUUCUGGUGCUGUUUGUUGGGGGGUGGGGUCGAAACCCAGUGUUGUAAAUACAGCAUUAAAUAAAGUAAAUUCAGCAAA